AUGGAGGGAAACCACGACAUUGUCGGCCUCAGCUUCGUCACUCAAGCUACCUUCUCUGUCCAUUGCCAACUAACCAUAGUUCAGCCCGUCUUCUUCUGCCGCGAUCCCAUUCAAGGAUCAGACGUCGUCCGCUCUCAAUACCGCAACCCAGCAAACUUCCUCGAUCACGACGCCCUCUUCAAUCUCCUCGCCAACACUCCCGAAGCUAAUCACGCAGGCCUCAUGUUCUACAGCGAUCACGGAACUCCCCAAGGAUGGCGCUUCAACCACGGCUACGGCUGCCACACCUUCAAUGAAGCUAUGCAAAUGUGCGGUGAAGACCCUGACUACUCCAAGAGAGAUCUUUGGGAGGCUACCGAGAAUGGUGAGGAGAUUGAGUGGACGGCUCAUGUGCAGGUCAUGGAUCCUAGACAAGCGGAUCUUGAUAAGCUUGGGUUCGAUCCUUUUGAUUUUUCAAAGGUUUGGCCGCAAUCGCAGUUUCCGAUGAAGGAGUUUGGAAGAUUGGUGCUGAACAAGAACCCUGAGAACUUCCAUCGCGAUGUGGAACAAGCGGCUUUUUCGCCUGGCAGCAUGGUUCCUGGUAUCGAGGACUCGCCUGAUCCUCUCCUUCAGUUCCGCAUGUUCUUCUACCGCGACACUCAGUAUCAUCGCAUCGGUGUCAAUCUGUACCAAAUCCCCGUCAAUUGCCCCUUCAUGGCCAAGUCAUAUGCAUCCCUCAACUUUGGCGGGCAGAUGCGCGUUGAUGCCAAUCACGCGGACAACAAACAAUAUGCCCCCAACAGCUUCGCUCACAAGUUCAGACCUGAUGUUGCAGAGACGCCGUAUCAGGUCAGCGACAAUAUCGCAAGCAGGUUUAGUCACUAUUGGCAUGAGGGCAAGAAGAAUGAAUAUGACCAAGCGAAGGAUCUGUGGACGAGGGUUAUGACCAAGGGUCUUCACCGCGUCAAGUUUCCCGAGAUCCAGAGCAAGUACUUGGCACAGGUGUACAACAUCUCGGAGGAUUAUGCACAGGGCAUUUAUGAUCUUCUGGACCAACCUCAAUUUGAGUUCUCCAAAGUCAAGGAACUGGCUGAGACUGCGCAGGAGUGGUAUAAGGAGCCCAAGUUCAGGCCUGGUCCUGGAUCAAAAUUGGCUGGAUAUCCUCCGUCUUCGGCCGUUUACCAGGCAUAAGUGGCAUAUUGGACAUGAAUUUAGUGAUUGAAUUAAGCCUUUCCUCAGGCAAUGCCGUUGUUUCCAGA